AUUGGAUUUUAUGGAGCAUAUCAUUUUAGAAUAAAAUAUAUAAUAACGUAUUUAAUAUGGAAUUUCCUAUGGAUUGGUUGGAAUUCCUUUUUAAUAUGUUUCUACUUAAAUGUGGGGACAUUGGAUAGAGACAGCGAUUUACUAAAUCUAGGUACUGGUAGUGUCUCUUGGUUUGAAGUAAAUGGUUAUGGCUGUAAGCCCAUCUAUAAUACAAAUAUAACCUCAGAGGAUCCCUAUCGUCCUAUACGUCCUGAAACUGUAGAUGAUUGUCUGCUAACUUACGAUAUAGUGGAGGUUGUUCAGUCGGGAGUACAAUGUGUUUUAGCGUUCUUUGGUAUUUUGGGAGCCAUUUUAAUAAGUUAUAUAUUCCUGGAUGAAGAUGACAGAUUCGAUUUUAUGAAUGGUGAUGCCAAGAGUCCACAACAUACGGUGGUCCAUCCAAUGUACGUGAGCUAUACAAGCAUACCAACAUCAGCCAGUGCCACUAUGCUCUCAAAUAAACAUCAGAAUCAAAAUCUAAACAAUCAUACUCACCAUAAUAGUCUCAGUAAAAGUAACCAUCAUCUCAGUAACAGUAAUCAUGCUAUUUGUACAAAUACUACUACUUCUACUACUACUCCAACUGCAACGAAAAAGAAAUUCUCCUCAUCCUCUCAGCAUCAAACAUCUCUUCAUAAGCAAAUUCUAACAUCAACAGCAACAACUAACCACAACAAUGCAAACUACAACAGCAACAACAACAAAAACAACAAUAGCAACCAACACAGCAACAGCAUUAGCCAUAGCAAUAGAAAUAGCCACAACAGCAACAAUAAUGCAAACAACAGCAACUGCAACACUUUCUUAAUACACACACAUCAUAACAAUAGCAAUCAUCAUCAUCAUCAGCAACAAUUGCAACAACAAUAUUCUAAUUCGCAGGGCCGUCGGGAGGGCAGUUUUAAUGGUAGUUUGGUUAGUAACAGUAGUCAGUUUGAACCCUUUAAUACCGGUAGUAGUCAUCAUCAUAGACGUGGGCGUCAUAGGAAUAUGUCACCCACUAGUCGUAGUUAUACACCUAAUCCUAGUAAUGCCAGUAACUCUCUAACCCAAAUGCUAUAUAGUCCUAAGCAAAGUCGCAAAGUACAGCCCACUUCUUCGAAUAGUAUAUUUCCGGCCAAUAUAGAUUUGGCCCAAAAACAGCCCAUUAUACCGGCCUAUUAUGAUGAUAGUACCGCCAAGGCGGAUCAUCAGUUGUAUGUUAAUGGUUCGAGGAGACAAAUGCUUUUGGCUCAGUCUCCUACACAGGAUACGACACCCUCACUGUCGUAUGCCUCUUUGCAAAAUUCCAAUCAAAAUUUGAAUUCCAGUUUAAAACACAAUAACACCACAAGUUUGGGUUCGGCAGGCGGUAAUGCCCUAAACAGUUCUUUAAGUAAUAGUAACUAUAGUUUAACCAAUAGUUUAAAUAAUAAUAAAACACAAGCGGCCAUAAAUAGUGGUGCUGGAGAGGGUCAUUUUGCCCGCAUACAUUCCAAACCCAAACCGGCCAAAUCGUCCAGUUAUAGUAGUUUUAAACAUGCAAAUGCUGCAGUGGCUGCUGCUGCUAACACAGGCCCCUCCUCUUUAAAUGGGCAACGUGCUGAUAUAAAAUAUUCCCAAAUUUUUAACGAAAACCCUAGCCAUCAAUUUGAUGAGUCCUUUGAGGAGGAUAACUUCUCCAUACAUAAUCUUAAAACCGAUGAGGGUGUUACCUAUGUACCCUUUACCAAACCCACUCCCGGUAAUUACUUUCUAACACCAUCCACACAAUUGCCAGAGAAUAAUAAUUCACCCAAUUCUUUGAAUUCCUUGAACUCACAAAGUUCUCUCAACAAUAACAGCAAUCACCAACAACAGCAUUUGCGCACAAGUCCGAAUAAUAAUACGUCACAAAUGUCUCAACAUAAUUAUCAUGACAAUUCUGGUAUUUUACUAGAACAUGGUGCUAUCUUACAGCCCCUAACACCGCAUGACUUAAAUCCAGCUCAGAGAGCUUUAUACCAGCAAAAUGGUUUGCCCUUCCAUCCAGCCUAUUCGCCUACACCGUAUAGGCAAAAUUCAGCCUGUCCGGCCCAAAAGCAAACCCCUAGACCUACUAAUAUACCGUUGCCUAAAGUGCCCGCCACUUAUGAAGCGGAAUUUUUGUCCCCCUCGGCGGUAACACCACCGCCACCACCCCAGCCCAGACCACAUAUAUUUCAGCCUCGUACCGGCACGGCACCCUAUCCGGAUCUCUCGCCUGAGGUAACCGAACGUUAUGCCAUGCCCACUCAAUAUAUACCGAGAUCACCGGUAGCUUCGCGUAUAGCUAGACGUCAGCGUCAGCAGCAUGCGCACAAUGAACGAUCUCAUGUUCCCAUUAAUAGUUCUGCAAACUUUUGCGAUCAAAUACGUGAUACACCACCCGGUUAUGCAGCCGAUAGUGCCUCCAUGCACACCUAUACCAUUUCAAAGGCCCGUUCACACGAUCGUUUGUCCUCGUCACGCAAUGCCAACGGUUCGUUGCGAGACAAAGAACGAUCGUCGGCAAUGACCAAUAAUAAAGACAGCCAGCCGCCUGAUCAAGAGGAGCUGGCUCCGCAUGUCAAUCGUCGUAGUGGCCGCAGAGAUGGUGUUAAAAUACGUCCUCGUUCAUAUUGUAAUUCCAUGUCAGGUGGUGAGGGUGUUAUUAGAACUAAUAUAUCUAAUGAUCGUAAAUUGGGUUUUGCCGCCUAGAGAUUUUUUUCAUUCGUAUUUAUUAAGAGUAGUUAGUUUAAAUUUUUUGAUAACUAAUAAGAGUAAUAAGAGAAAUUUGUCCAAAAUUUUGUAGUUUAUUAGAAACACUGAUGAUGAUGAGAAUAGAGAAAAUGGCGUUUUUUGUCAAAAGGGUUUCACCUUAAAAUGUUCCUUAGAUUUGUUAGGCAAUGGAAACAAGCACAGCUUUAACUAAUUAAAAUUGAAGAAGUUUUUUUUAAUAAGAUUUUUUUUAGAAGAGAAUGUCAGCUGAAUUUUUGAAAUACUUAAGAGAAAGGUGUGGUUAAGAGAGGUCGAAAUAAGAGUAAGAGCAUUCUUUAAAAACUAGAUCUAAGUUUUCUAUGAAAUCGAAGUUGAAAACUGACUCCAGCUUACGGCCACAUUUUCUAUAAAUAUUGACUGAAUCUGACUCUAAUCUAGAGCGAGCUUUUAGCUAGAUGAAAGCUUUAAACUUUUGGCUUUAAUAAUUUAUGAUGAUGAUGCAAUAAAAAGGUGCUUUGUUUUACGGUACAAAGUGAAAAAGAAAGUUCAAACGAUCGUAAUUUAGCUUUAGAGAUCGUGAGCUAAAUGUGAAACUUUAAGAAAAAUGAUUUUCGUUGUUUGCAUUUAAAUAUUUAAAAAAAUCGAGCUUUUUUAAAUAAAUUUUUAGCGAUCUCCCGGUUGCAGUUUCAUAGCUUUAAGCUUUAGCGUUUAUUAAAAAUGAUCAAUGUUGUGUGUAAGUUAGGUUGACUUUAGGUUUUAUAUAUUAUUAAGCUUAAGUUUUUCAACAUAACAAGCUUUUGACUAGAGCAAGUUUUCGCAUUCAAAUAAGUCCUGGACUUCAAUUAGUUGUUCUUAAAAAAAGCUUUAAAAAGUUCUUCGGAAAGCUUUUUCAUAUAUUAAGCUUUAGACCAGCGAAAGUUUUUCUUGAAAAACAAGCUUUUGAGCCAAAUCAAGUUUUUGUUUUAAAACAAGCUUUAGUCUGAACUAUUAGCAAAAGCUCUAAGCUAAACUAGGUUUUGCAAUAAAAACAAGUUUUCGACCAAAGCAAGUAAAGGAUUUCUAUAAGAAAUAAGCUUUUGACUAGAUCAAAGUUUUCUACUAAAAUAAGCUUUGAACUUUAGAAACUUUUUUAUAGAAAACAAACUCUGCACUGAAGCAAAUUUUUCUUUAUUUUUUUUCUAUUAAAUUUUUUUCUGUUCCUGAGCGAACAAUCUCUAGUUUCUAGAGCAAGUUUUUUUCAUAAAAACUGCAAGUUUUUCUAUAACUGCUGUCUCUAGUUUUCUAUAAAAACUAACUACAGUUCAGUCUAUAGACUGUCUCUAGUCCAAACUAAUGACUAUUUAUAGUCAAGAGUAUUGAAUAUUUGCAGUUUAAACUAUUGACUAUUUAUGGUAGAGACUAGUAACUGUAUAUAGUCCAAACUAAUAGUCUAUCUAUAGGCCAAACUGUAGACUAUCUUUAGCCCAGACUAUGGAGUAAUUAUAGUUUAGGCUAAAAACUAUCUCUAGUCUAGCUUAUAGACUAUCUAUAUUCUGACAAUGUAUAAUCCUGCUUAUAGGCUAUGUCUAGCUAAAGCUCUUGACUAUCUAUAGUAGAGAAUUUCUAUGAUCCAGACAAUAGACUAUAUAUAGCACUGACAAAAGACUACAUAUUGUUAAGACUAUAGACUAUGUUUAGUUUAAAUUGAAGACUAUUUAUAUGUCAGGAAAAACUGUCUAUAGUCCAGCCUAUAGACAAUCUAUAGUCCAGCCUAUAGAUUAUCUAUAGUCCAGCCUAUAGACUAUCUAUAGUCCAGCCUGUAGACUAUCUAUAGUCCAGCCUAUAGACUAUCUAUAAUCCAGCCUAUAGACUAUCUAUACCCCAGCCUAUAAAUUAUCUAUAGUCUAGGCUAUAUAUCUUCUAUCAAAGCUAUAGACUAUCAAUAGUUCAGACUAUAGACUACUUAUAAUCUAUACUAAAUACUAUAUAUUGUCCAGACAAUAGACUAUCUGUAGUCCACACUAAAGACUAUAUAUAGUUCAGAAUAUUUUCCAGUCUGUAGACUGUCUUUAGUUCAGACUGUAGUCCAAACUGUAGAAAAUUCUGUAGUGCAGAUUAUAGACUUCCUAUAGCACAGAAUAAAGAAUAUAUAUUGUCUAGAAUAAAGACUAUCUAUAGUCCAUACUAUAGACUUUGUUUAGUCCAGACUAAAGACUAUCAAUAGUCCAGACUGUAGACUAUGUUUAAUUCAGACUGUAGCCUACCUAUAGUCCAGACUCUAGACUAUAUAUAGUCAAUACUAUAGACUAUCUAUAGUCAAGUCUAUAGACUAUCUAUAGUCAAUACUAUAGACUAUCUAUAGUCAAGUCUAUAGACUAUCUGUAAUCCAGACUAUAGGCUAUGUAUAAUCCAAACUAUAGACUUUAUAGUCCAGACAAUAGAAUAUCUAUAGUCCAGACUUAAGACUAUCUGCAGUCCAUAGUAUAUUCUGUCUGUAAUCCAUACUAAAGACUGUCUACAGUCUAGAUUAUAUAGACUAUUUAUAGAUCGACUUCAAAUCUGACAGACAAAUAGCUUUGACAUAAGUUUCUUCAAACUGAAGUUUUCAAAUCAUUUUUCAUUUCACUCAAAUUAAUACACAACAUUUUCGCCAAAUAAAACGCACGUUUGUUUUCUACUAUUUUUAAUGUUUAUUAAAAAAAAACUAAAUUUUUUUAAAUCAUUUUUUUUUUUUUAAAUUUCCAUUUCAAAUUGAAUAUCGUAUCGAAAACUUAUUUUUGUGUUUUUAUAGCCUAAUAGACUGCGAUUGCUGACGUUUGUAAAUUGUUUAAAUAUAAAAGCUAUUCAGAAAAUAA